UGCUAGACCGGCUCCGAAACUUACCAAAAUUUCACGUUUUUCGAUCGCUUAAUUAAAACAAUGAGUUGUGCUGUCAAGGGAUGCGCAUACAAAGUGAAAAAUGGUGUUGAGCACGAUCCAAACAUUCAAAUUAAAUGGCUUGAGUCGGUCGACAUGGCUUACUUUAAGUUACAAAAAUGGCAAGGCCUUUGUGACUCACAUUUUCAACCAAAAUAUUUUAAUCCCAAAGGAGCGAGUAAUGCAUUUAAAAAAGUACACGUACUGCAACCAUUGAUGCAGACCAGAGUUGUAUUGCCAACCAAGUAUCUUCAAGAUCAUAAUUAUUACUAUGAAGAAGAAGAUUUAACAUUAAAAUAUCGCAAUAAGCGUCAUUUGGCAAGGUAUAAGAGAUUAAAAAGGAACGAAUCUGAAAUUGCUCAUAUUAAUGAAUUAGCCAUGUUAGAUGUGCAAGAAAUAGUUAUAGAUUCUGCAGAUCAACCCAAAGAAAAAUCAAAUAUCAAAGAGCUGACUUUUGCCUUGCAGAGUAAUAUUAGUUCCCUUAAGGGUAUAGAACAAUUUAAAAAUUCCACUUUAAUUUCAAACACAAUGGUACAAACUUUUACAGGACUGAAUAAUUAUUUAUUAUUUAAUGAAGUUUUCCAGACUGUAUCCCCAAUAAUUAACACAUUAAAAUAUAAAUCAAAGAAAAUUUUAACUAUCUCAAAUGAAAAUAAAUUGUUUUUGACUUUUUGGAAAAUCAGAAGAAAUAUUCCAGAUGCAGAUUUGGCUAUUCACUUUAAUUGCACCCAAAUGGAUAUAAAAAAAAUUAUUUCAUCUGUGAUUGAUCUUUUGGUAAAAACUUGGGCACCAAACCAACAAUUAUGGCCAUCACUUGAUACAUUAAAUGAUUGCUUGCCGCAAUGUUUUAAAGAAAACUAUUCAUUACACAAAAAAAAAUUGAUUGGCCCUAAAGUGACAAGAUUGUUUCCCAAAACACCUAAUCAAAAUAUACUUUCAUUAUCACAAAGACCUGUUAUAAUAAAAAAAAUGUCAAAGUUCAAGUCACUCAAAACAAAAUUAGAUUCAAACUAUGAAAAUUUAGCACCAGAGAUAGCUGGUAUUUGCUUUGUGUUGAGUUAUUUUACUGCAAGAGAGUUAGACUGAAUCAUUGAAGAUGUUUUAAUUGAACAGAUGCAAAUUAAAUAGAUUUAUUUUUCUGUUGAUAGUGCCAUCAGUCUAAUUUUUGUUGAUUUAUGACUCGAUAGCAUAAUAUAAUCAAUAAGGAUUUGUAUUAUUUUUGUUACAUAAAUAAUAUUUUUAUUUUUAAAGAUUCUUGAAUUAAGGUCAAACUUAAUGUUGGAUAAAUGAUCUUUAAACAUGUAGAAUAAAAUUCUAUAAAGUGCCAGAACAAAUGUAAAUAUAAUUAUUUUUUUAAAUUAAACUAUUUAAGAAUCAUUAAAUUUUAAAUUUUUCUGAUAUUAAAACUUGAGAAACAUUUAA